AUGCGAGUGAAGAGUACGUUAAAAAAACUAAGUGCUGAACGUUUGAAUAACACGCGUAAAGCCGAGAUUGAUGUUAUCUUCUUCAAUCGCUGUGCUAAAGUCGGUAGCGAAUCAUUACUUGAACUUUUUAACAAACUUGAAGACUUCAACAACCUGGUUAUUGAGCGUGAAGGUCUGCGUAGACCUACCAAACGUCAGUUGAAGAAAAAAGAACAGAUUGAAUUGGCCGAAACCAUAUCUGGGUUCGCUGAUGGUUCGGUAUAUAUAGAACAUGUGAAUUGGAUUGAUUUCGAAGAAUACGAUUUGCCAAAACCGAUCUACAUAAAUUUAGUGCGUGAUCCAGUGGAGCGUGUAAUCAGUUGGUAUUUUUAUGCACGCGGUGCUUAUAAGAAUGCCAUUGAAUAUCGCAAGGAUCCCAAUAAACCAAUAAGAUCAACGCAAUGGUACAAAAAGGAUUUCAAUGAAUGCGUGCGUAGCGGUGAUCCAGAGUGUCAAUAUGUGCCAUUUACAACCAAGGAUUUUACUGGAAAUUACAAAAGGCAAACGCUCUUUUUCUGUGGCCAUCAUGAGGAUUGCUUGCCUUUCAAUUCACCGGCAGCUGUACAGAUGGCAAAAGAGCAUGUCGAACGAGAUUAUGCGGUGGUUGGUUCUUGGGAGGACACCAAUAUAACGCUUACUGUUUUUGAGAAGUACAUACCACGUUUCUUCCAGGGAGCGAAAAUUCUGUUUGAGAUACAUAAUAAUGAAAUAACAACCCGAAAUAAGAACAAACGAAAACCUAAAAUUGACGCGGAUGUCAAAGAAAUGAUACGUAAGAACUUCACCAACGAGUAUGACUUUUAUUACUUCUGCAAGCAACGUCUUUACAAACAAUAUUUGGCUGUGAACCUUAAAAACAUAGAGACCAUAGAAAGUUUGAAUUAA